AUGAUCAGUGAAAUCGAUUUCAUGACGAACCAAAAUGAAAAACUUCGAAAACAUGGAAAUGAGCUCAGAGAGGUUGACCUAUUACGAGGGGCUUCUGAAAAGAGUGAAGAUGAGAUACUGAAGAUUUUGCAACAACAGUUGGACAGUGCACAAAAGCAAAUUGCUGACUUAUCUCAAAUAUCUGAUGAAAAAACAAAAAGAGAGGUACCACUUUGCAAUGAACCUUCUGCUGACCAUGAGAAACUCCGGCGAAGAGUAGAUAAUGGUGUGAAUGAGAUAUGGUACUAUAUUAAAUCAAAGCUAAACGAAAUAAAACAAAUGUCUGUGAAAGACCAGAUCGAUAAGCAUAUAGAUGACAUUUUAGUGGAUGGUGGUGAUCGACAACGGUUAAAUCCAAGAGACUGCAGAACAUCUAAGAAAUUAGUGUGUAAUAUAAAUAAACAAUGUGGCUAUGGAUGUAGGUUGCAUCAUCUUGUAUACUGUCUAAUUAUGGCAUAUGGUUCAGAGAGGACGUUGAUCCUAGAAUACAAAGGUACAGGAUAUUCUAAAGAUGGAUGGGAAAAACUCUUCAAACCCCUUAGUAACAAGUGUACCGACACUACAGGAACAAGUAGAAAAUCGUGGACAGAAGAAACACGAAUAAAAGAAGUGCAAGUUGUUGAUUUGCCCAUGGUUGAUCUACUGCAAUCCAAACCAAACUAUUUGCCUCUUGCAAUACCCGAAGACCUUUCUAAGAGAUUAUUACUUUUGCAUGGUCAGCCUGCAGUCUGGUGGAUAGCUCAGUUUUUAAAAUAUAUUACGAGACCGCAGCCAUUUUUACAAUCAUUUCUGAAUGAAACUAAAAAUAAAGUGAACUUUGAAAGACCAAUUGUUGGAGUACAUGUACGUCGUACUGACAAAAUUGGUACAGAAGCGGCUUUCCAUAAAAUAGAUGAAUACAUGGUCCACGUGGAAGAGUAUUACAAGCGAUUAUCAAGAAUUAGGGAUGUGCCGAUUAAAAGAGUUUAUUUGGCAACAGAUGAACCUCAUCUAUUAUCAGAAGCACAGCAAAAGUUUCCUGAUUACGUCUUUGUGAGUGACAAUGACAUUUCAAAGUCAGCCAGUCUGCAUCAGAGAUCAUCUGAAGAGUCUCUAAAAGGUGUUAUUGCCGACAUCCACUUCCUGUCUGAAUCUGACUACCUGGUUUGCACAUUCUCUUCUCAGGUGUGUAGGGUAGCAUAUGAACUAAUGCAAACGAGAUUCCCAGAUGCCUCCACUUUCUUCCAUUCGCUUGACGAUGUGUACUACUUUGGUGGCCAGAAUGCACAUGACCAAACAGUUCUGUACCGUCACGUACCACGUAACGAGGACGAAAUCCCGCUAGAAUUGGGUGAUUUGGUUGGCAUAGCUGGCGAUUUGUGGGACGGUUACUCCAAAGGUCUUAACCGAAGAAUCCAUAAAACCGGUCUUUACCCAUCUUAUAAAACAGAAGACAAACCAAACAUAGCGAAAAUGACAACAUAUCCUGAAGCCGAGAAAGAUGACCUUUGA